AUGGUCAUGAUCGGCCUGGCAAGGCGUAACCCUCAAGUGCUAGCCCCACAGAGUCGAACUCAGCUUGUUCGUGAGUGUGCUGGGGUCUUUUCAGUAAUUUCCGCUGCAGAUUGUGGAAUUGAAUCCGUAAUGAAAGGAAUCAGAGGCAAAGAUGAUGUUACGAAUCGUUUGGUCUCAGGAUCAGGUGCUGGGUUGACAUUCUGUUUUGUGAGCAAAGGCUUGAAAGCCCGACCUGCACAGGCACUCCUCAGCGCUGCGGGUUUCGCUGUUAUCUCAGCAACAGUGUAUAAGAUGAUGAAAACAACCAAACCGCGCGACUUUUACACAGAGGCAAGAGCUAUGCUAGUAAAGCUAGGCCUUGAGGAAUACGAGAAGAACUUCUAG